GUAUUUUCUUAAAAUAAAAAAGGUAGAACCUAUGUGAAUUACUCCAAAAAGUCAACCUAAGACUAACACAAGGCCAAGCAAACAUAAAAAUGAUUCAACAUGUUGAUAACUAGCUGGCUCUAUGGCCUAAUAUAUACUAUAGCUAUUGGAGGUUAUUAACAUGAUUCUCAAAGAAAAUUUUUGAGACAGAAAUUGAAAACAGUUAGCAGUUUUUUUGUUUGUUUUUGUUUUUGCAGAAAAUGUAUGUGACAAGGCCUCUUUCUUACUACCAAAAGAAUCCGGAUGCACUCUCAUUACCUCCUGAAGGUCCAAAUUCAGGUUACUUAGUGAUUCAAGAUGAGGAAUCUGAAACUUAUUGUUGUUUUGGACAUUGCAAAAAUCAUGAUCUGAUGGACUUGCCUUUCCCUCAGAACAAGAAACUGACCGUUCGAUACGAAACUAGUAAUGGCGAGAACCAGAUUAUUCUCAGGGAUGGUGUAAUGUUCAUUCCAGCUCUUAAUAAGCCAUUGUCUUGCAAUCAGUAUUAUGCUAUCAAGCCUCAUGGAAAGAGCAAAGGACGAGCAUUUGCUUGUUCAAAGGAGGAAGACAAGAGAAACUAUUGUUUCUGCAGAUGUAUACGAGACGUUAAAACGAAGCCAUUAGAUCCAGAGGAUGCAUAUCAGCAAUUUGAGAUCUGUCUAUAUAAUACAGGUUGCAGUGCUAAAGGUAGCUUUUUUGCCAAGUCUAUUGCACCUGAUGGUUUCCCACCGCGAUUUCUAAGGCGAAGAGGUUGGCAUCUUUGUGCUAGAACUCCUAAAAACUACGAAUUAAAUGAUGAUGCUCGAGGCAUCAAUACUAAGUUGAGGCAACGACUUCCUGAGUUCAAUUUGACACCCUCUUGUAAAAGUUCUGAAGUUGUUGUUGUGGGGAAAUGGUAUUGUCCUUUUGUGUUUAUCAAAGACGGAACAAUACUUAAAGAACAAACGGAGAGAUCAAUGCUCUAUGAAAUGACGCUUGAGCAGAGAUGGGAGCAAUUUUUUACUUGUCAAAAUGACAACAUUAAUGAAGGGAAUUCAGUACUUGUGGAUGUUGCACUUGACCCAGAAGUUGUCCUUAUUGUCGGAACUGAUAAAGCAACAUGGGAUGAUAACAAUGUCGUCCAAGGAGUAAUAUGGUUUAGAAGCUAUGAUAAGGAUGCAAAUGAAGUUACAAGUUUAGGAUUGAGACAAGAAAUAGUUCAAAGAAUGAAGUGGGAACAAGAAAGAGCUGGAUGGCAAAAUCAAGGGAGGAUUAAACAAGUUGAACAAAACAGAGAAAAUAGGACUAAUUGGAAAAGAUUUAGUUGCUACACUUUGGUUGAGAAGUUUGUGUUGAGGAGAAUGGAUAGAAGCUUGGUGAUGACUUAUGAUUUCAAGCACAUUGACAAGGCUAAGAGCAUAUGGGAGUGAUGUUCAGUAGCUAACACAGAAUUUUUCAUAAGUAAUGCGAGUUUAUUAUCACAACUCGAUGUGUACUCGAGUUUAGAUGUGUGGUUGUGGAGUUACACGACUUUACUUUCUAUUCCAAUUUGAUUUUUAUUUGCAUUAUCUAUUAAGUGAUGUCGGUAUGCAUAUAUAUAAAUUUUAGCGAUUUUUGGUAAUACUCUUGCCCAAA